CGUCUUCAUCAAUGAUCAAACGGUCACAAGAGGGAGAGAGAAAAGAAGAAUUUCUCUCUUCUCUUCUCUCUCUGAAUAUAUGUGAGGCUUAGGCCUUCUCAUCUGGCUCUCUUUCCUUCCCAUCUCGCGUUUCCGAACAUCCAAGCAGACAUCGAAGAAGGAACAAAAAACCCACUUCUUCAAACCCCUCUUCCCUCUCAUUUAUCAACAAAAUAUACCCGAAAUCGACUUUGAACAACGCAAGAAACCGGAUUGAUUUUUUCUCCCAUUGUUUCUGAUAAUAUAAUCGCUGUGUAUUUUUUAUUUAGUUUGAACGCUCUUAACUGAGAUCUUGUCCUUCCUACAAUGAUCUUCGCUUUGUAGCGGACAAGGGUUCUUCAAUCGGAUCAGAAUUUUCACUGAGUUAGGGUUUUGAUCUGCAAUUUGAACUUGCCCGUUUAGUUCAUAUUGCUGGGUGGUGCAUAGUGGCUUUUCAUCCCUCACAAUUUCAUUGACGUAUCGCCCUAUUAAUGGGCAUGGAAGAGGACUGUAGGUACAAGUAGAAUUGUGUAGAGGGAGUGAAGAGAAAAGGAAUAAAGUUGAGAACACUUUGGAAGUUUUUAUAGCAGUGAAUUAUAGUGCAUUUUCAACUGUUGUCGGUGAGUGCCACGGUGAUUUGCUUUCCAUCUAGUUGUCAACAAUACUGUUGGAGCUUCUUGUGCAUCUGGAGUGUAACUUAGUAGAGAGUGGCUCUGGUGGACUGAUUCAACGGAUAGUUAAAAUGGAGGCUUACUAAGCUCAAAAGGAAUGUGGGGUCAUGGUGCAUGGACAAGAAAAUAGUUUCUGGCGUGUUCCCUUGCUGGAACAUUGUUGUGAGAAAGUAACAGGAGGAUAUUCUUUUUCCAAAAGCACUCUUUUUGCUGUUUAUAAAUUUGUGUGCAAUGUCUCGCUGCUUUCCAUUUCCACCAGAAGGAUAUGAAAAGAAGCCGAAUUCAGAUGUUGCAGACUUGCUAAAAGAGGAGAAGCACAAAGAGAAAAAACAUAAAAAGAAGAAAGAUAAGGAGAAGAAAGAAGGUAAAGAAAAAAAGAAUAAAGAUGGGCGGGAGGAGAAACACAGAGAAAAGAAAGACAAGAAAGAUAAACACAAGGACAAGAAGGAAAAGAGUAGGGACAAGAAAAGGGACAAAGAGACCAAAAGCAAAGAUGAAGAUAAAAAAGGCAUUUUUAAGGAAGCACCAGCUGUGUGGGAUCCUGGAUCUUCUUCGUGUGCAGGAGAAUCUGAUAGGAAAGUUGAGCACAAUAAAAACUUCAUUAGUUCAGAGGAAAAGGGACACACUUUUCCAUUACAAUUCCAGCAUGGGCAGGAAGCCUCUAAAGGCACGGAUCUUGUUCGUGAGGCAGAAGAGGCAAAAUUUGUGCAGGAGCUGGGUAGGAGGAUCAGAAAUGAAGAAAAUGGAAAAGGGAUCCAGUUGGUGGGAAGAUUCCGUGGCGAGGGGAAUAAUGAUAAAAGGACGGACAUGGCUAUUGGGGUCAAGGUUUCUAGAAGUUUGGCUCAAGAUAAGGGAACUAACAUGGCAAAGAGUGGUGUUGAUUACAACAGGAAGACUUAUUGUGCAGCUGAAUUUGAUAAGAAAUUUGAUCGUGAUAAGAACUUCAUUGGGCAGGAGACCAUUAAAGGCAAGGAUCUUGCUGGAGAGGCAGAGGAUGCAAAAUUUGUGCAGGAGCUGGGUAGGAGGAUCAGAAAUGAAGAAAAUGGAAAAGGAACCCAGUUGGCGGGAAGAUUCCUUGCUGAGAAUAACAAUGAACGGAUGGGCAGGGUUAUUGGUGUCAAGGUUUCUAGAAGUUCGUCUCAAGACACAGGAACUACCAUGGAUAGGAGUGGUGUUGAUAACAGGAAGAUGGAAUUUGUGGGUGUAAUCAAGAAUGGAUCUGGAUAUAGUGGUACUGCAGUGUCCUUUUCUAACAUCCCUGGGGCCAGCAAAUUUCAACUUGAAGGAAUGCCUAUGGCUGGUGUGGUCAAGGAUUCAAGGAAUUUUGUUGAAAAUAAGGAGACCUACAUGGAGAAGAGUUUUGAUUGCAGGAAGAUGGAUCCACGUGCAAUCCAAAAUGAAUCUAGACAUGGUGGAAAUGCAAUUCUCCCCAACAUCACUGAUGCCAGCAAAUUUCAACUCGAAGGAAUGCCUAUGGCUGGUGUUGUCAAGGAAUCAAGGAUUUUUGUUGAAAAUAAGGAGACCUACAUGGAGAAGGGUUUUGAUUCUAGAAAGAUGGAUCCAAUCCCAAAUGAAUCUAGACAUAGUGGAAAUGCAAAUCUCCCCAACUUCACAGGGCUCAACAAAAGUAUGCUUGAAGGAAUGCCCAGAACACUGGAAGAGAAUAAUAAUCAAAGGAAAGGGGAAAAAGAGAAGAAUAGAGAAAGAGGUGAUGAAAAAUUGGGAGACAAGAGCAAGGAUAAAGAUAGAGAUAAGAAAAGACACAAGAAAAGUAAAGACCGUGAAAAAGAGAAGAAAAAGGAGAAGUCGAAGCAGAAAAUUGAGCAUGAUAAGCUCCUAGACAUUAGCAGCAAUCAAAUUUCAGAACUUUCAAGGGAUAACAAUGCUGGCUCCACUUUUGAUGUAAAUCUCAAAAAACGAAAACUGGUUACGAAUGGCUUGCUGUAUGAUAAUGAAGCUAGGCCUUCUAAAAUACCCAAGCCUGCCUCUCAUGAGCCAAUGCAGAAUGGAAUCAAAGUUGAAACUCUCCGUGUUUCCUUCAAUUCAAAUAGACUAGGUUCUUCUGAGCUUAAGGUGGUUAAUAAGGUGCCGAGGAUGAAUGGUACUGUGCAUGGUCAGCCAUUGUCUAUUCCGAGACCAAAGCUUUCACCACCAGCCACUGGUGUUGGUCAAAUUGCUGAAACACCUAGGAAAUCUCCUCAAGGUGAUCCAACUGCAGAAACAUCUCGGAGAACCCUUCACGUUGAUCAAAUUUCUGAAACUCUUGGAAAACCUCCUCGCACUGAUCAAAUUGCCGAAAACCUUGGCAAACCUCAUUAUGAUCACAUUGCUGAAACUCUUGGCAAACAUUCUUAUCAUGAUCAAAUUGAUGAAACACUUGGGGAACCUCUUGAAGCUAAUCGAAUUGCUGAAACACUUGGGAAACCUCCUGAAGCUAAUCGAAUUGCUGAAACACUUGGGAAACCUCCUGAAGCUAAUCGAAUUGCUGAAACACUUGGGAAACCUCCUGAAGCCAAUCGAAUUGUUGAAACGCUUCGUAAACCUCCUGAAGCUGAUCGAAUUGCUGAAGCACUUCGGAAACCUCCAGAAGCUGAUCAAAUUGUUGAAGCUUCUAGAAAACCUCCCCAUCAAUCUGCUGAGACAUCCAAGAAGCUUCGUCAUCCCAAUUUAGUCGUUGAGUCAUCUAAGAAAUCCCCUCAUCCCGAUACCAAGUAUCUGAGCCAGAUACUCACUGUUCCCAAAAUUGAAGAGUUGAUUGACUGUGACGAUGAUGGCAAUGAAUGGUUGUUUGGAAGCAAAAAACCUUUGGUUAGAAAGCCAGGGGUGGGUUCCAACGUGGAGCUGCAGGUAUGGUCUGAAGCUCGGCACUUAGAAUCUGCAGACAUUUAUGCUUUGCCAUACGUUAUUCCAUAUUGAAUGCUCGGGGUUUGAUUGAAUCCUAUUAUUGGUGGGGAAAUCAGGAGGCUUGGACAAAGAAUAUACGGUGGGAACUCGGCGGGUUGAACUGUUUUUGCUUGUGUUCUUGAAUGUUAGGGGGGGAUUAUGCCCUAUAAAAAAGGAACACCAAAUUCAUUGAAAGAGGGGUUUUUCCCCAAAGCCCACCAUGGUUGUGUGACGUCAUACGUCAUAGUGUGUGUGCACUAACUAAUAUCCACAAUGUGUCACGUAAAGCUUAUUCCGUUAGUGUAAAGCUCAGAGGCUUCUUUCUAAUCUGAGUGUGAGAGAAAGUUGAGCUUGUGGCCUUUACACCUCCAAAAAUUUUGAUUUGUAACAUAGAGCUUUUAUAGAUGUAAAAUAGAGGGAAAAUGAAAGCAUGAUUUCAAU